AGGGAUAACUGAGGUCUUUAAGGAUGAUUGUCUCGCGCCUGGCAUUCCCCAUCAACCUGGCCCUGCGGCAGUUCUCGCGCAGGGUGGCGGAAAACCCCGCAAAUCUCCGAAUCCUGCAGCGCCACAUGUCCAGCGUGUACUUCCGUUCCGGAGCCAUCAAACCCAAGCCCGAGGAGAUGCCUUUUGGCCUGCUGGCCAUCUUUUGCGCCGUUAUCCCGGGUCUCUUCGUGGGCGCCACCAUCAGCAAGAACGUGGCCAACUUCCUGGAGGAGAACGACCUCUUCGUGCCCGCCGAUGACGACGACGACGAGGAUUAAUCUCCAGACCUAAAGCGUCAUCUUCAUGUGGGAGUGCCUCCUAGUCGGGAUGGAUAUGUUUGCUCGGAGUCGUUGUCCCACGCAGAAGAACCCAACACUCGGCCAAACUCGGAUUAUUCAUCUGUUAGCCAACUUUUUCUAUUUAAAUCUAUACUCUUAAGAUCCUUUGGCAUUUUAUGUGUUUUGUGUGUAUUCUUCAAGUCCCGCUUUGAUAUUUUUCACUUAACGAAGGUUGACUAUGCUCGACAGAUUCACGAAUGUUACUAGAAUUAAAUAAAGUUUAUUCGAAUAUGCUAAA